AUGGCACACCCAGAACCCCCCUCUUACCUCGAUAACUUGGACUCAGACCUCCCAGUCUACGAUGAACUCCCGACUCAGUCUGCUGUACACAAUUCGGAACCCCGCCCGUUCGAGUACCAGAUCAAGGACAGCAAUGGCUGGUGGGCAAUGCUGACCGUCAAGGGGGACGGAAGACUUUCAAACGCGACCGAACCAACGAUUUUGCAAGGCACUAACGUUACUGGCUCGGUUAAACUAGCUCUACGAAAGGCCGAGCCGAUUCAGGCAAUCCAUAUUACGGUUCGAGGUGAGGUGCUUGGCGGCACACCCGCAGAAAGCACCGGUGUUCCCAUCGUGUUUUUGAAGGUCAAGAAGGCGCUUUGGUCUUCUUCCGAAGGAGACACCAAUGAGCCAUCCAAGACGGAAUCGGCUUCGGGUCUACCCCUCCAAGGCGACUACCACUGGCCGUUCUCUAUCGAACUACCUGCCGAGAUCACAAACAACAACAAAAGCUACAGGCUUCCCAAGUCGUUUGGCACUGGAAUUGGGUACUUCACCUUGCAGUAUGUGGUCGAGUUGCACAUUGUCCGGCCCGCGCUUCACUUGGGAAGAGAUGAAAAACUUCCUGUCAUAUUCAACUACUUCCCCUUGAGCAAGCCUGCAGCGCCUUCACCACUUCGUGCUCUCGCAUAUCAAGAGAAUAGUCCAUUGCUAGGACCAGAUGCUGAUCCAGAGGGUUGGAAUACCAAGUCUUUCAUUAUUAGUGGCGAGAUCUUUAGCACCCGCAAAGUGGACAACAUCCUGGUUAAGCUCUCUCUCGCCAAGCCUCUCUCAUACACCCGUUCUGUGUCAAUCCCAUGUGCCCUUACGAUCGAGUCCACCGAUCAGGAAGUUGUCGAUCUAUUGUCAAAACCCGAGGCUCCAAUGAUUUACCUUGAGUGUACCACCCAGCAAAACCCUCAACAGUAUCGCACGACCAUGGAGCCAUGCGCCAAAGCAUCACUUUGGACGCCACCUGGAGGAGAGCGGGGUCAGCUUAUGGGCGAAAUCCACCUCAAGCCCACUUUGUACCCCAGCACAAACUUCGCCGCAUAUGGAUACCGUGUUGUGUACACCGUCGCUCUGUUUCCUUUCCAAGCCAUAGGUUUCAAACAGACCGGCGACAUCGAGCCGGUUGAAGGGAGCCGUCAAGUUGUCGAGAUAUGCACCCAGUAUGCUCCCGGUCCACGUCCGAAGACAUACAGUCCUGUCCCGGGGCCUGGUGAAGGACGAAGUGACGUAAUUGACUCGUAUUAUCGGCUGCGAGCGGCGACGACGAUGGAAGUCGCAUCAGAGGAACCACUUUGGGAGUAG